AUGAAGCUUGCCCAUGUUCUAUCUCUCCUCGCCCUCAUCGGACCCAUCGCAUGCGACAAAAAAUAUCUAUGGCCUCCCAAGGAAGUAGUCCGGCCAACAAAGGAAGAAAUAAUAUCGAGGGAAGCAUGGCUCGACACCCUACGAAACAUCACUGCAGCAUGUGAAAAAGUCGUGGUAGAAAGUCGACGACCAGAGGCUCAAUUCGACGAACAGCUCAACCUUCACGUAGUGGGCGUGCAAAAGGCUACAGCGAAAGCAGCAAAUAGAUUUCUUGCGGACAGGGAUCCUAUGGUAUAUGAAUACAACUUCAGCAAGAGAUGUCAGAAUGAUACAAGAAUAGAAGCUCCUCCCCUGCCAAAGGUCGAGUUCAUGCGUGAGCAUCUUAUGAAGACUGCUAAGGCUUAUAUGAACAUUGAGGAGUACUGCAAGUCCAAAGGGUUAGAGACACCUUCGGUUGUGGCGUAG